GCUAGCUACAAUAAUAGUGUCACUAAAUAGCAGUUGAGUUUUACAGUGAAAAGUCAAGCUGCUUGUAUUGUUUGCCGCCUACACAUAUGUCUAAGAAGCUACUCGAUAUGCCGUACUUUUCGCAGAAUAUUUUCUUUAUCGUCAUCUGUUUGUGUUCGCUGUGCGGGCGCUCCAACGUGGAGACCAAAUCUGCCACUGAGAACGCCCCCAAGCUGGACUGGACACCUUGGGCGUCUAGAAUCAAGAAUUUCUCAGCGGAGUUGGGCGAUCUUCUGCAGCCUGGACGAACGCGACUCAAUAUGAAGAAUUCGAGCGUGGUGAGCACCUACACAUCCACCAUCAUCAACAAGUCCAAGAAGCUAUCCGAGGACAUCCAGGAGUUGCUGGAGACCGAAGCGAGCGCCGUGCAGCACGCCAGCGACGCGCUGCUGCUCAUGAACCUGCUAGACUUCUACGCCGGUCUCUACCUCUACCGCUUCUCCAGGCUUUUCGAGGUUUAUAAUUUAAUGCUCGCCGAGGUGGAAGCAUUUCAAGAACUCAGCUUCAACGGCAAGCAGACGCAUCCAUAUUUCCACGUCGCCAACGCAUUUCGACGACAUUUCUUAUCCGAAGAAAGAAAACUCAGAGAAUUCCUAAGAAAAGUUCUAACGGCAACGGCAGAUUACGUCGUUUUCCCAAGUGCUUUCGAGGAAGGUACAAAUCGCCGUUUAAAUGAUCUCAUCCGCCUACUAAACAUCACCAGCCCUGUUCAAAAAAUGGAUGUUGAGAGGAGUUACUAUAUCAAACCAAGCAACAGCCUUGGUUUCUGUCUGUCAGCUCUGGAAACAGACGAUGAGCAAGUGAAGCUCAUAACCAGAAGGUUCUGGCAUCCUGUUCCCAGUUCUCUACAAGACACGUGCUGUGCUUCGCAGCUACAAUGGACUACUGAAUAUUCCAAUGAUAAUGUCAGCGAUGCUGUCAACUCGUGCUUGAAAUUCAGGUUCGUUAUCAGCGCCGGCGAAGGCAGGCCUCGACAGACGCUCAGGACGCGGCUGUUGGGGCGGGAGCUCGUCCUGGCCACGUCAUCCUCUGGUGACGCCGUGCUGAUGCCCACACGUGUCGCCGGCGCUCACGCGGCGGUGAAGUGCAUCGCGCUCUCAGGCGGCGACUCGCUUAUCCUGCACUGGAGCGCCGGGCACGCGCGCUACCUCAGCGUCCAGCCGCUGCCUGCAGGCGCCCUUGUGGCGGCAAACAUCAACGCCAGCGAAGAGCUCAGCAAUACAACACUCAGCAAGAGCAUACACAGUAAUGGAGCCCUCAGCAGCGAACAACUCAGUAAUGGAGCCCUCAGCAGCGAACAACUCAGCAAUGGAGCCCUCAGCAGCGAACAACUCAGCAAUGGAGCCCUAAGCAGCGAACAACUCAGCAAUGAAGCCCUCAGCAGCGAACAACUCAGUAAUGGAGCCCUCAGCAGCGAACAAUUCAGCAAUGGAGCCUUCAGCAGCGAACAACUGAGCAAUGGAGCCCUCAGCAGCAAACAACUCAGCAAUAGAGCCCUCAGCAGCGAACAACUUAGCAAUGAAGUUCUCAGCAGUGAAAAGGAAGUCAGUUCUCACCGCCGACAAGCCAAGUCAGUCGUGGCACAAAUCUCUACGACUACAUUUAUUCUCCCAAGGAACACCCGAUCAGAUCCCACGCUCGCCGAGCCUUCCAAAAGUGACUUUGGUCAGGAGCAGCACAACCGUGUUGUGUUUAGUAAGCAGUACGCUGGCCUGUUCUCUUGCUGGGUCCUUGAUGAGGUUCCAUAAUAUCCUAUGCUAAUUAAUAGCCUGAAAUAAUUAUUAAACUUAGAGACAGUAACAAUUGAGGACUAAGCUACUGGGUAUGUUUGGUUAGAAAUUUUAUCGACAACCAUAUUCUAUGAGCACGUGCAUACGAGCAAUACAACACAAUAUAACAGGUUCUUGCCAUGCUUUACUUUUAGUGUCAAUAAUUAUAAUCACACUCCACAUUGAUAGUAAAUUCAAAUUUAUCUAACCAAUCGUAUGGGUUUCACAAAGGUAUUACAUGGCGGUAUUAUUAUUACAAAGGUAUUAAUGCAGGAACAUUGAGCUCUCUUUGGGAUAAUUUUUUUUUAAUAUAUAAGUAACCAGUGAAAAAUGAUAAUCCAAUUCAAAAUUCCGUUAUUUUUCUAUUUGCCUAUUAGUUUUUUCAAAAUUAAU